AUGAUACAGAAGAGGUACUACAGAGAUAUUUUUGGAAAGAACCUGGAGUUUCUCAAGAAGGGCGGGAGCGAAGUUGCGCCCAACCUCCUCAAUGCGAUGAUGGAGCUGCGGAAGUGCUGCGUACACCCGUGCCUUAUCAAGGGCGCCGAGGAGUCGAUCACCAGCGACCACCAGAAAAGAAAGGCAAGGGCCGUCUCGUUGCCCAUGUUGCGCUGUUACAAGAUACUGAUACAGAGCAGCGGAAAGCUAGACAAGCUCCUGCAGAAGCUGAAGGACAACCAGGUGCUUAUUUUCUCGCAGAUGACGCGGUGCCUGGACCUUCUUUCCGACUACCUCAGUUUCAGGACAUACAACCACGACAGAAUCGACGGUGCAGUGAGAGGAAGGACGACAGAUUAUCGACGUAUUUGUGUUUUGCUCUGCACCAAGGCGGGAGGUGUUGGAACAAACCUGCGGACAGUCAUAAUCUUCGAUUCUGUAGUGAGCUACGACAAGAAGGACCACAAAAUGAGCAAGAAGGACGCACUGGAGAUUCUUCUGCAGAAGGGCGCAUAUGGUGUGCUGAUGGAGACCCGCGCGGCGUCUAGGAGGUUCCGCGAGGAGGACACAGACCAGAGUUUGGAACGGCGCACAAAGAUCAUUCGGCACGAAGACGGUGGAAACGCGUUAAACACAGAGGACCCUGCUCUGAUAUCGGCCAUUCUGUCGUUUGGACGUGUCUCAGAAAAGAAUGUUGCGAGGCUGACUGAGCUCCUUGGAAAGGAGAAGUUGGAGGAGAUGAGGAGCCUCGUCAGCAAGAUCUGUGUUAAGAAAAGCAGGAGAAAGCGGGAGAACGACAACGAGCUUCUCAUGUACGACAGAAUUGUGCUUUUUGACAGGUUCAUCCGCCUGAAGGUGAUUCCAACUGUAAAGCGGCUCCAGGGCAUGCCGAGAAAGUGGAAGGUGGAUGACGACUUAAGGCUCCAAAAGCUUGUGGAGACACAGGGGCUCACAGAAGACGUUCUGAAGGAGCUAGAAAUAAACGAAGAAAUUGCAAUCAAACGAAUUGAAAGCCUUGUGAAUACAAGUGUCGAGGACGACGAUGGUUAG